UUACACAUCAAGCCGCCGUGCUAACCGCGCUACCUUGUGUUGUACGACUCUGAUUUGUCCGCGGCGGUUGUAUUAAUUGGCAGAAGCAGCCAAUAGCUACGGGGGGGUUGAUGGAGAAUGGAAGAGAUCCAACUGAAGAAAGUACUAGUAAAUAAAGGAAAGGAGACCAGUGAGAAAAUCAGCUGUGAUGGAAAAGUGGCCAUCGCCUCAGGAAGGAAGAUUUACCUGGAUUAUAAUGCAACCACCCCUCUGGCGCCAGAAGUGAUUCAGACAGUUACAGAAGCCAUGCAUGAAGCAUGGGGCAAUCCCAGCAGCUCUUACACAGCAGGUCAAAGAGCUAAAGAGAUAAUAAAUGAAGCUCGAGAAAGUUUGGCUAGAAUGGUAGGAGGGCAGCUCCAAGACAUCAUCUUCACUUCUGGAGGGACAGAGGCGAACAACUUAGUGAUCCACACUGCCGUGAGGGAUUUUAGGGAAAGCCACAAGCAACGAUCUUCUGGGGCAGGCGAAGACCGAAAGAAGACUUUGGGAACAUGUCCGCAUUUAAUUACAUCUUGCAUUGAACAUGACUCAGUCCGUCUCCCUGUGGAGUACCUAGUGGAAGAACGUGAGGCUGAAGCCACUUUUGUCCCAGUGUCCAAGGUGACUGGACGGGUGGAAGUGGAUGAUGUUAUUGCAGCAAUCCGUCCGACAACGUGCUUGGUUUCCAUAAUGCUGGCUAAUAAUGAGACUGGGGUUAUCAUGCCCAUCUCAGAACUCAGUCAGCAGAUUCAAGCAGUCAAUCAGAAGAGGAUGGCAUCUGGACUCCCACGGAUUUUGGUACACACAGAUGCAGCACAAAUGAUCGGGAAGGGGCGAGUGGACGUGCAGGAUCUGGGAGUGGAUUACCUCACUGUUGUGGGGCACAAGUUUUAUGCCCCACGUAUUGGAGCACUGUACGUGCGAGGGCCUGGGACCACCACUCCUCUCCAUCCCAUGCUGUUUGGAGGAGGGCAGGAACGGAACUUCCGCCCUGGAACUGAAAAUACACCAAUGAUUGCUGGCCUUGGCAAGGCAGCAGAGCUGGUGAACAAGCACUGUGAGGUUUACGAAUCUCACAUGAGGAAGGUUCGGGACUACCUGGAGGAGAGGCUUGAAGCAGUGUUUGAAGAACAAGGAGUCCAUUUUAACUGUCGGCUGAAAGGCUCUAAGCGACUGUGCAACACUUGUAAUUUUUCCAUAGUGGGCUCAAGACUACAAGGUCGGCUGGUGCUGUCUCACUGCAGGUUUUUACUCGCCAGUGUUGGUGCUGCCUGCCACUCUGAGAAGGGUGAUCGGCCAUCCUCAAUCCUGCUUAGAUGCGGAAUUCCUUACAGUGUGGCCCAGAAUGCCUUGCGUCUUAGCGUGGGGCGCGACACCAGCAAGGAAGAUGUGGACCUGAUUGUAGAAGAUUUGAAGCAGGCUGUGGCUCAGCUACAAUAGGUCAGAUUCUCACCGUCACCCAAAGAAACGUUUUUGCUCACCAGAAUCCGGCAGUGAGCUUACUCCUGAUUUCCCAUUACAUCUGGCAGGAUGAUAGCUAAUUACAGCCCUAUCUGUUCUUUGCCAUUGGAUACUUUCUGAACCACUAAAAAUGAUUCCCUAGCUCAGGGAUGGGCAACUUCAGGCGGUCUGGGGCAAAUCCCACCCUCCAUGAGUUGUACUCUGCUGUGCCGGCAAAAAACAAGCUAAAUUUAUCCUUCGUAGUAGCAGUUUGCUGCCAAAUCCCCCCCCCCCCCAUUUUCUGGGUGUGAUCGGCCUGCAUCCAGCUCAUGCAUUGCCCACUUCUUUCCUAGUCUUUGAAUGCAGCAGGUUGUCCUGUAUAGUGAUGGCAGCAGCUCUUGCUUUCAGAAAUCAGAGCUCAUGUGUGAUAUUUAGCAAGCGGGAACCUCCAGUUGGAUGUUCAGGUCGGUGCUUUCAGUAUUUAGGUGAAUUCAGGGAACAGCUGUAAGCAUCAUGGUUUGAAAGUAUACAUAUAGGAAUGGACAUUUGAAUCCCAAAAUAUGGAACAUUCAGUAUUUGCCUUGGUAACUAGAAAAGGCCAUUCUGUUUUUGAUGGCACCCGUCUCAUUUCCCACCAGUCUGAAGUGAAACAGAAGCAGUUGCUCCCCAGGUGGGCACUCGAGGAACAGGCAAAGAGCCUUUUGCAGCAGCAGACCAUGUUUACAUGGCUGAGUGGGUUUCGCAUAGAGCUUUAUAAGGGGGGGGGGCAAAAUGUGCAAUACGCUGUGUCUUAGAAUGAAAGAGCAGAAGGGGUGGAGGGUGCAGCUUUCAUUUCACAUUGCUUUAUUAGCACAGACAUUAAGGGCACAAUCCUAUUCAUGUUUAGAUGGGGUGGGGGGAGUCUUCCAGCUCCCAGCAUGCCCCAGCCACGCCUGGAGCAUCAAAGCACUUGUCCACAAGCAUUCCCUCAAUGUUGUGCAUUGGAAGCUAUUAGUGGUAAUCCCACAGGAAGAGGAGAGACAUUACACAACCCAAGGAAAUAGGAAUUGUUGCAUUUCCUUAGGCUGUCAUCAAAUAGAGGGAAUUAGUAUAAGGAACCUUGCUGCGCACCCUGUUUCCCUGUUGCUGGAGCCAAAUGCUUCAGAGAAUUUGUCACAUCUAUAGGAACAAAUAUUUUGUAGCUGGUCAGCUUCUUUCCUUGUGUUCGUUUCUUGGAUUUGACAUGCCAGUACCAGCUACCCACAGGCACCUGUGAAUCAGCUGCCAUAGGAAAAUAUCAGUCUUGUUAUAGAUGAUGGUCUUCUGGCACUAAUUAAUGGACAAAGACUGAAAGAAUGUUGCUGAACAGGGGCAGACUGUGUGGCAUACAUGCUGGGAAGGUGUGAAUGCCACAAGAUAGGAGAUAAUGUCCCUUUGGAAUGUUAUUUAAAAUACAUAUUUUUUCUGGAAAGCUUUUGAGUUUCAGAACCAUGGUUGAAGGGAUCAGAAGAAGACAAUGAAACAGGGCCUCAAGACGGCUGGCAUUCAUUUCAACUUCUUUACAGCUAGUCCUGUUGAUGUUACUAAGAGUGCUGAGGUGAUGGAAUUGUGGUUGGUUUCCAGGUUCUGCUGUGCUGCUGUUUUAAUGGAAAAUUCUCCUUCAUGAGGCACUUGCUAAAACUUUUUUGGGAUGAUAAUAUUUGUUUUAGUUCGCAGAGUGCCCUGUUCUAAAGGGUCAUGGUGGGUACUAUCGUAAAAGAGAUACAAAUUUAAAAAUCUAAGACACAAAAUUGGGCUAAGUUUUUUUCCUUUUCCUUUUAUUGUGAAUAUUGUUAAAAAAUAAGCCUGCAUCAAUGCCAACCCAAAUUAAAACAAAACAAAAACCUUGCUUAUGAUAUUAAUUUAUUAUUCACAGAAAUGCAGACUUUAGCAAGCAAAAGCAGCAGCCAACCAGUGGAUCUGUACUUAAGUUUAUCAACCAGUGGAUCUAUACUUAAGUUUAUCAUUCAUUUGAAGAAUUUAUUCUCAUGCACUACUCUGGAUAACUUUCCCUUUGGGGGUUGACGAUGGCCAUUCUAUUGUGGGUUCUUGAAGAAAGUCAGCUGAGGAGCUGACAGAAGUGCAUUUG